CAGAGAGCUGAGCUGCGGAGAACAGCAAUCUCACUUCACUUAAACAGAACCGAGCGUCGAUCCUCAGGAUGCAGAAGUGUAUCGGUGGUGUUUGUAUCUCGCUGGUGUUUUGCGCACUCUUGACCGAGACGCUGGGAAUGGUCAUCGCGGCGAAAGAAAAGCGCGGCUGGACCCUGAACAGCGCUGGAUAUCUGCUCGGUCCCCGUCGUAUUGAUCAUCUAAUACAGAUAAAGGAAGCUCCCAGUGCAAGGGGGAGAGAAGAGCUGCUUGGUGAAUAUGGCAUCGACAGUCACAGGACGCUCAGCGAUAAACAGGGUCUGGCUGGAAAGAGGGACGCGCUCAUGGAGGACGACAUCAAAUCCGGUGGCCUGAGAAUAGCAGAUGAAGAGGUCGUGCACACCAUCGUAGACUUCCUGUCGUUCCUCAGGCUGAAAGAAAUGGGCGCUCUCGACAGCCUGUCCUCCUCCCUCGCUUCAGACGAAUUUACUCAGCCCUAAACCCCAGAUGUGUCUCCGCCCAAUGACCUCUGACCUCCGACCUCUGGCCAUCUGCAAACUGUGUUCGUUUUGUUGUGUGCUACUCUGUAACUCCUCUGACUGACGUCAAGAAUAAAACUCACAUGAAACUCCUGC